AUGCCACAUGGCCGCGCUUGUGCAAUGAAUAGAAGCCAAGCCUUUGAGUACAACCCGCAUCUUGAGACUGUUCGGGAAGCUUGGAGAAAGAACCUCGAGGUCCCAUUCUACGGCAUCACACACGAUGGGAAAAGGAAAGAGGGCUUGUAUCAACUUCGAGAUGAGGGCGCGCCAACGAAAAUGAUGGUCGAAGCGGCCCGCAGCGUGCUCAAGUCGCUCAGUCCGUCAGAAAAGACAGACACAGUCCACGACUUGGACUCAGAGACUUGGAGAAAAUGGAGUAAUCCAGAGUUUGUGUUACAUAAAUGCGGUGUUCGUCUCGAAGACCUCGAAGAACCGAAAACCGAGGCCAUCAUAAGUCUUUUGAAGCAAUCUCUGAGCCCAGGCGGCUUUGCCAAGGUCCGAGGGGCAAUGAGACAAAUGGUGAUAGGACCAGUAUUUAUCGGGGCCGAGCCAAAUACCAUUGACGAAGGCCCCGACAAGGGUCUCACGCUAUGUGCCAACGAAGGCCAGCUGGGCCUGCAAUUGAUGCAGUCUCUACCUCCAAAGCUGCAACAGGCAGCUCAAAUUUAUCCCACAAUGAAAGAUCCCGCAAUGCAAGAAGGUCGGUGGAACCGAGCCGAUCAGAGACACAUGGCUGGAGCUUUCCAAGACAACCGUGUGAUUCCUUACGAAGGCGUCGUCGUCACGGACAUGCCUGAGGAGCAGCAGAUACUUGUCAUGGCUAUUGUGCAUGAGUUCUUGGCUCUGUGGCCUUCUGAAUCACUCCGCCGCCGCCUGAAGCAGAUACUCAAGCACCUCGCGGAAACGCACUUUUGUUGGAUUGGCGGGUUCGGACCAGAUGACUCUUUCUACUACCGGAUUCAGAGUCCGGUGGCACUUUUUGAGGUUGAACACCACUCGGGGGUCUUCCUGACCAACGAAGAGCCCGCCAAGUAUCACAUCCACACAAUACAGAGACUUCCGAAUGGCAAUGAUUAUGGGAGGCGACUGCGGGAAUUGCUCCGACCUCAAUAG